GCUUGGGUCAACGCCCCCUUUGUACAGCGUUUUGUACUGUUGAUGUUGAAUAAUAAUAUUUAGCGAGAUUCGAUUUGCAAUGAAAAUUGCAUUGUUUUUACUUGAAAUGUGCAUUUAAUUGAUUGAACCCGAUCUUAACAUAUGCUGUUUAUCCUAUCGACCGGUGCGCGUCAGCCAAGACGAACCUAUUUUUAGAGUUUAGUUAGGGCACUAGGGAAUGCUGCUAAUGCUAGGUUAAGUGCACUUUUUCUAAGGGUCUCCGGAUCGAUUUUUUUAGUGCAAUAAUAAAAUGGAAAAAGACGCCUUUAAAGCAAAGAAAAACAUGAAAAGAAAGCGUAAGGAAGUUUGCCCAAGUCCUACCUUGGAAGAGAGUCCUAAGAGGGUAAAAGUGCAAGCCCAGAGAAAAUUCGCUCAGAAUUCAGGCAUCCAUAAUGGAAUCAUCACUCCAAUUCAAGAACUGGAUUCUACCAGUUUACCACACACAAGCAUAAUGCCCGAGCCUGUAGAGCUUCUACCAAUGAAACGGCCAAACACUGAAGAUUUUUUAACAUUUCUCUGCUUCCGAGGAACACCGAUUUUGCCUACAAACUUACAAUUCUUCAAUACUGCUUCCAUAGUAUCAGACGGCCAGGUGCACGAGAUCAAGGGGGAAUCAUCACCUAGAAAUGGGCCCAUAGACAUCGCAAAAUGUGCUGGUAGUUCAGAGAAGCCUUUUAUUGCUUUUGGUGUGCGGAAGAGAGCUGAUCCUAUUGUUAUUAGCAAACAAAUGGAGCGCAAAAGGAGACAUGCUCUGGCUAUUCAGGCUUUAAGAAGAAAAUAUCAGGAACAAAAAAUGGCGAAAAUCAGGGCUCUGACUAUAAGCAAACUGUCUGAAAAAACCACCAACAAAACUUUAGUUAAGACUAACACUAUUCAAAAAACAGAAACAGUAACCAAAAAAACACAAAACACCCUCCAAAAGACAAAAGUGAUCGCCACAAAGCAUGUAAAAGUAACCACAAGAACCUUAAAAACCAGUGUGAAACCUAAGAUGUGUCUCAGGAGUUUCCGGGGGAAAUUCGUGCAAAAGGAGCUCCCAUUCAGGGCCAUAAGAUCUUUGGCAGAGGGAAAAGUAAUUAAAAAACGACCCGAAAUCAAAGAAAGGACAAGCAGAAAUAGCAACAAAAGUGUAGAAAGUACAAAACCAGCUGAAACUUCUUUGAAAAAGGCCACUAAACCUUUACAUAUAACUAAGAGUAUUCCAAGCAAAUCAGCUUCUAAACUAAAUAUUUCAGCCUCCUUAAAAAGAAAACAUAUAAAAAGAAGAAUCUUGAUACCUUCUACAAUAGUAGCUACAAUUGUGAAACCAAAACUCAGAUCUACCACAACCAAAAAGACAGUAAUAUCAAGAAGAAAAGCCCAGCAAAGGCUCAGGAGCAAAAACAACAGAAUGGAGGUUUCAGAUACCAAAGAGGCAACUGGAAGACAGUCAAAUGAUCAGAGCAAGAAGGAAACUACAAAAAAAUCACCUCCAGAAAAAAGUAAUCCCAAAAAACCCACAGAACAGGUUAAAAAACCUUUAAACCCCUCUGAUAGUUCCAGGAGGUUAACCAGGAGAGAUUCGGAAUUAACUGAAAAAAAUAAUGCAGCAAGUGAUUCUAAUAAAAAAGAAAUAAUCAAAAACGUUGACAUGAAACGACAAGUGAAGAUAGCUGAAAAUGAUGCUAAAAAGGUGAUUAGCAAGAAGCUGAAGCUGAAAAAGGAGUUUAAUUUAAAAAGUAAUACAAAAGAAGUGAACAAAAAGUUGGAUUUGCAAAAGACUAGGGAUACUACUCUGGAGAAGAGAUUGUCAGGCCAAAAAAUUACAAGGGACAUUAAAACGGUUGAGAUGAGCAUUAAGAAAAUUGUUACAAGAAAGUCAGAUGCUGAUAAAGAUAAAGUUUCAUCAAAGGAACAGAAAAGUGAUAACCAAAAAACAACUAAUCCUAAAGUUAAAUGUAGUGAUGAGUCAAGCAUUAAAGAAGAACCACUUUCAACUGCUGAUAGUAAGAAACCACCUAAAAAAAGUACUAAAGUUAAAGAAGAACCUACUAAGAAUCUUGAUAAUUCCAAAAAGAAUACAAAAAUCACUAAAGUUACACAAAAGAAAGAAGAAUUACUUACUGUUGAGGCCAAAGAGGACAAAGUAGAGGCCUCAACUGAUGCUUCAGACUUAAAAGUUGAAACCAUAAAGAAGAAGGUGCAAAAGCAACCCUUAAAUGAACCAAUACAGAAAGAAGAAAUGCAAAAUACAGAGGGUAUCACAAGGAGAGUAACAAGAGAAACAUCUGGAAAAUCAGCCUUAAAAGAACCCCCCAAAAAAGCAAAUGACCGUUUUAAAAAGGACUUUUCACCAGUGGGAAGAGAUAAGGACCAAGAUUUUUCAAAGAAAAUCAAUGAAAUAAUAAGUAAUGUCUUGAAGGAUGCUAAUCUUGACUUGGAAGGAGAUUUAUCAUCAAAAAACAAAAAUGAACCACAAAAAUCCUUAAAGAGCACAACUGUUCAGAGUAUAGAUCCAAAAAUAGCCGAACCCCCUUUGAAAACUCUUUCUACAUCAAAACAUCCAGAAAAAGUAGAAUUAGCGGCGGCAAAAUCAGUGGAUCAUAAGAAGCCUCUAGAAAACAAACCUUCAGAACCAAAAAAAGGAGAAAUAACUAUAGUAAAUGAAGUUGUAAAGCAACCCUUAGAGCUUAAAGAUGAGACAAUCAGUAAUGAGCAACCGAAAAAAAUAGCCAAAGAACCUGAAAAUACUAAAAGUGAUAAAGUAAAACCUGAAAUAACAACAAGCAAAAAGCUCAUUACUAGUCCCAAGAAGGACGAAAAUCCAAGACGUACGCGACGAAGUGAAGCCUCUCUCCAAACAUCCGCAAGACCAAGCAGAAAAACGAAAGAAGCCGCUGCUCUGUACAUGGAAAUUUUGAGUCAUAAACUGGUUGGUGACGGCAUUGUAGAUGAUGACAAUAUUUCGAUCGAUAGCUUCCCCGAACUACCGAACGUUAAGAGAACCGAACAAAGGGAGAUAGAGCUUAAGGCUCAAGCGAAAACUGGCGGUCAAGUGGAAGACAAGAAGGACUUAAGCAAAGCAGAAGAGAGCAAAAACGUCGCAAAACCUUCUCCAACUUCCACCCCAGAAAAAACUAAACAUGCAGUGCAAACAAACCUGAAAAACAAAGAUGAUGUUGAUGUAAAAAGCUCCUCACUUGGCAAAAGAAAAUCGAAUCCGUUAACAGUCGCGUCCGACGAUGAUUCAGAUAACGAAGUCUUACAAGCGAAAAUAAGAAAAUCCGACAGCAAAAAAGACGAGCCCAAUGCAAACGUGGAAAAAGAACCAGUGACAGAAGAAGAAAAUAGCGUUAGGCGACAAACAAGACGAUCCACUCAGCAAAAUGUCAAUUCGGGCUCGGGCGAUUCUUCUGAUGAAUCAUUUCAUCUUGAUAUACGUGUACCAAGAAAGAAGAAAAUCACCAGGAGUAAAAACAAGCCAGUUACGGCCGUGAGUGUUCUUGAAAAAAACGUCGACAUUAUUUUAGAGGCUGCAAGGGUUUUAGAAGGAGAGAAACCCAUUACAUCUGUUGAAGUUAUCGAGGCCCACAUUGAAACUGUCGCGGUGCCCGAAGUUACUGAAAAACCCAAACCCCCCAAGAAAAAGUACAAAGGCUACGAAAUUAUUGAAGAAUCUUACUCGGACGAGUCGACGACUUCAGACAUUAACCUCAAGAGCUUGCAAGUUAAGCAGAGAAACAAAAAGCUAUCAAAAACAAAAUGUUCAAAGUCUUCUAAAGCAGAGUUUAGUGAUUCAGACGAGGAGCCACUCGUGAAACUUACGGUUAAAACUACCCUAUAUCAACAGGAGUCUAAAAGGAAAGGCAAAGCCAAGAAGACUGCUAAUAAAACCGGCCAGGAAGCUGCAAUAGAACCAAAGCCUAAAAGAGAGUGCACUAAACGACCUUCAAACUAUUUACCAAUGUUCUCAAGUUCUGAUGAAGAUGACGAACCUUAUUUCCAUGGAUUUAAUACCAAAGAAGAAACUAUUAAGCCUAAAGUGUUUGUUCAAUCAUUGGCACCCUCUUUAGAUUUACUAACCAAAGACAUCGGUAGAAAAGGCAAAGUGAACAUGAGCAAUGAGCAGAUAGAGCAAUGGCUGAAGGAUUCUGCGUUGGCUGGUAGCAGCGUGGCGAAAGAGAAUGAUGAAAUGUUAAAGUUUGGCGAGAAAAUUCCGGCGGAGGUCCCGAAACUUGAGAAUUUUAUGCCGCAUCCUGAAAUUAAGACUGAACCUAUUCAAGAGGAUGAAUCGUUUAAGGCAUUAGAGCAACAGCCUUGCACCAGCAAAGCGGCCAGCGUUGACGAGAAACCGUUAAAGGCUGAAAUGAGAUCUCCGCUGGGAGACCGAAAGUGGAUCUUUAAAAAGGAUAAAAAAGAAUUGGCACCGAAUAAGAAUGCCUUUUCGCCGGAGAAUGAGUGUUCUGUGUAUGCUUUUGGGGAGGAAACUGAAGAAAUUAUUAGCACACCGUUUAGGAGACCGUCCAGACGCCCAUCGAGUACGGCCACGUCGAGAUCCGAGGAUGAGAUGACAAAGAAUGAAGAAGCCGGAAAACAAGGUCAGUUCAGAAAACCCAGUCUCUCAGACUUAGAGGACUCCCGGUGCUUUAACAUUCCUCAAAACCCGACAAAAAUAUCGAAACCGUCUAAAUCCGACACGAUGGUACCACCGUCGGGCUUCCAUCCGAAAAGACAACCGAAAACCAGCACUGAUAAGGUUCCAGAACCGUUUGAUGAUUACAAGUACAAAGUGCCGAGUUCACCUAGCGCGUCUAGCGGUAGCAGUGCCAAGUUGUACAAAAAGGGGGCGCAGAAACAGAAGGGUAAACUGUGGGAACCGAUAAAUCCAGUGUAUGUGUCUGAUUUCCCUAAACCUACUGAUCCGGCGAAGUUGGUCGAGGCUCCCGUUUUUCAUCCUACGGAACAAGAAUUCCAGGAUCCACUGGAAUACAUUGAAAGAAUCCGACACAAAGCGGAACAGUUUGGUAUUUGCAAAAUUGUACCCCCCAGUAGCUUUAAACCGGAGUGUAAAGUAUCGGAUGAUAUGAGAUUCACUGCUUUUAAUCAGUACGUUCAUAAGAUGCUUCAUAGAUGGGGUCCUAAUUUCAAGGAGUUCAUUGCGAUCAGGAAAUACUUGGCCACUCAAAGUAUUUCUUUAAAAACGCCUCCACUGAUAGGAGGCAUGGAGAUUGAUCUCCCGAGACUCUACCAAACGGUUCAGAGUUUGGGUGGGUUAAAAGAUGUAAUAGAGAAAAAGAAAUGGUCUAAGGUGUCUGACCAUAUGAAAAUUCCCAAGUCGGCCCAAGACAGGGUUACCAAAUUAGAUGAUAUUUAUUGCAAAUAUCUUUUGCCUUAUGACACUUUAUCACCAGCGGAGCGGGAAAAACUUUUUGACGAAGUAGAAACGUGUUGGGCGAAACGUGAAUCUCGUAACCUCCAGGAGAAGCUCGAUCCAAAAAUAUCCGAAGAAUCCAUCGAAACUACGGGAUUUGAUUCGGACGAUAACGAGUUAGAUGAGUGUACGAUGAAGGGCAAAAAUAUGGCAUUGAAUGCCCUUUACAGAAUCGCCAGGAACACCAUGGCCGUGUAUUUUAAAAGUGAACCGACGGCUUUAGAAGCGGAACAAGAGUUUUGGCGAUACGUUACCCAAAAACAAAACCAUAUCUGCGUUCAUUCGGCUUCUAUAGAUUGCGGCACUUGGGGGUACGGUUUUGCCGUAUCAAAAAAUUCUCCAUUUGCGAGGCAUCCGUGGAAUUUGAAGGUUUUGUCUAACAACAGUAGUUCGGUGUUAAGGUCACUUGGUCCUGUGAUGGGCGUGACAAUUCCUACUCUUCAUGUGGGUAUGGUAUUCAGCGCGUGUUGCUGGUACCGUGACCCACACGGACUACCAUGGGUCGAGUACCUGCACACCGGGGGCAAUAAAAUAUGGUACGGAAUACCGAGUUCUUCGUGUGAGGUGUUCCACGCGGCCAUGCAAAAACUGGUGCCCUCUUAUUGUAGGGAUAAGGAACUAUGGCUACCGUCGGAUACCGCGAUGGUACCGCCCGGCAUGCUGCUGGAGCAUAAUGUAUCGUUGUGCAGAACGAUACAAGAACCAGGCCAAUUUAUCGUUGUCUUUCCAAAAGUCUUCACUUCGAGCAUAAGCACGGGAUACGUCGUAUCGGAGAGUGUCUAUUUUGCACCUUUGCAUUGGUUGAAAACCGCAAAAAAUCUUUUUACCGAUCUGAAGAACAGCUGCGAACCGUCGAUGUUUUCCCUCGAUAAGUUAUUUGUCUGCAUAGCCAACGACACGCGGUCAAGUGUCGAAGCUUUGAGGGUAAUUUUACCGUUUGUCGAGGAUCUAGUCUCGAAAGAAACCGAAAACCGGCGCCGUCUUAGAGAAUUCAGCGAAAUAGAAGAAGAAAAAAUCAACACAGUCGAUCCGCCCACCAAAAAGAAGAAGAUUCAAAGUGUGGACGGUGAUUUCGAGUGUGAAAUUUGCCGGACAAAUUUGUAUGUCUCGAUGGUUAUAGAUACUCACGACGACCUGAUCUACUGUUUAGAGGAUGCUUUAAAAUUGAUCGAGAGCAACACUAAAACCGUCAAAAAUUUCAAACUGAAGUACAGCCUGAACGAGGAAGAACUGCACGACAUUCCAAAGAAAAUCAAUUAUAUGAUCGAUGCCAAAAUACAAAAAAAAGUGCCAGGCAAGUUUAUCGGCUUGCCUACUUUGUUAAAAUAGAUUUUGUACAUAAUUAUUUUUACCAAAAUUAGCUACACACAAUUCAUAAGACCACAAGUUUUAAAACAGUACUUUGGUUCUGAUUUUUCGCAUAUUUUAUCAUGUGAAACGGUAUCUGAAUUAAGCGUAAACAUAUUCUAAAAAUAAUUAUACAUUAUAGGGUCGUUUAAUAUGUUGGGUCACUUUUUUCAUUUUUUGGUAGUGAUGAUUUUCGAUUAUCUGUCGUCUGUAUAAGUAAACAUAGUGGUUACAAAACUUUUAUUAACUACUAUGUUUUAAUAUGUAGUGUAUGUAAUAUUGAGAAAUCUUCUAAAUGUUUUGGCAUUUAAAAGAAUCAAGCUUUAGCUGUGAUUGAUGUUUAUUAGGUACUUGCCUUGGGAAGUAAGUAAUCCCUCUCUAGUUUUAAAGUGAUUGCUUACUUUUUAAUGGUAAGGUUUAGGCAAUCUCCUUUGCUGUCCUAAUUUUAUUUUUAUAUAGUUUUUAGGUAUACAAAAAGCAUGUGGAAUUCGAAAUAUUUUCUUUAUUUGAUAUAAGUAUUUAUAUAUAUCUCUUUUAUUCUUUAUACUAGCUGGUCUGUCUUUAGAUUUAGCCAAUGUCAGUGUCUUUACUAAUGUAUUUGAACCCCUAAUACUUUGGUGUAAAUAAAAACAAAACAAAAAUAUG